UAGGCGGCAAACGUAAACAAAUUUCUAUACUCCGCAAAGGUGCUCGCAGUUGCUUAAUUUCUCUUAUUAUUUAGAUAAUCUGUGUCACAAUAGAAAGAUUAUUUCAUUAAUAAUAUCGUCAAGAAUCGGAAAACAUUGACCUCAAGCUUUUGCAGUGUAAAUUUUACCUUGUGUCUACUUCGUACCCACCGGAACAAAACAUCAUAAUGGAUGAUCAAGUUUGCCCGAGAUGCAAAACGACCAAAUACCGGAAUCCAUCGCUAAAAUUGAUGGUAAACGUAUGCGGCCAUACAUUGUGCGAAAGCUGCGUAGAGUUACUCUUCCUCAAAGGAUCCGGUUCCUGUCCGGAGUGUAAUGUGGCGCUGCGAAGAAGCAACUUUCGUGUGCAACUGUUUGAAGAUUCCAAUGUCGAUAAGGAGGUACAGAUUCGAAAGCGCAUUCUGAAGGAUUUCAACAAAAAGGAAGAUGAUUUCACAUCGCUGGACGAGUACAAUGAUUAUCUGGAAACGAUUGAAGAACUCGUGUUCAACCUCUGUAACAAUAUCGACAUUAUUAACACAAACAAACGGAUCGAACAGUAUAAGCGCGACAACCGGGACGUCAUAAUGAAGAACAAAAGCAAACUGAGUAAGGACGAGCUGGAGUUGGAACAGAUCGUCGAAUACGAGAAGGAACAGUUUGACCAACGGCGUAAGGAAUUGGCAAUGAUUGAGGCGGAAAACCGGAAACAGAAGACGAAAAAUAAGGAGGAGCUUAUCGAUUCGCUGAUGGCAAGCUACGAGGAUGCAAAUGCGAUCGUGGAUAAGUUUACACAGAAAGCGGAACAGUCGCAGAUUCAGCUGCCGAAACCGGUCGCUCCACCACCGGUAGCCAAGCAGACACACUUCUCGUCCGGCAUUGCGACCGGUUUCCAGGGUCAGCAUGGAUUCCUUGCCGUUCCGAAGCUAGAAGAAGGUCCAUUGUUUACGUAUGAAUCUCAGGGCUUCGAAACGGAUGGUCCGGCACCACCUUCGUUGGAGGAAGUGAUCGAAAGCGGCUACAUAAGUCAUAUACGACUCGAAAAUUUGGCCGAAAAAGCGGGUGGUUUCCAAACAAACAUUUCUUGUCUACGGGCUAUUCAAGAAGCAUUGGCUGGAUUGUACCACGGAUAGGUGUAGAUGUUAAAAAAUAAAUUUGCCUUACCUUAA